CUCCUUUCAUUUAUUGUUGACAGUGUGUGUGUCACUGUGAGAGCAGACGUCCGACAAUGUCCUCGCUGCUGAAGCCGUUUUGGGUUUGUGACGGUCCGUGUGAGAGCUGCGGUGUCCGGCGGGGCGUCCCCGGAUCCACUCGCGACCAGCAGCCUCCAUCCCGGGGCCGGGCCGAGGCGGGGCGGGGCGCUCCGUCGGGCGAGCAGCAGCCCUGCUCGGCGAGGAGAGCACUGGCUGCUGCUGCAGGCAAAGGGAGGAAAAUCACGCAUCCUGGAAAGGCCAUCCUAGCAGGGGGCAUUGCAGGAGGAAUAGAAAUCUGUAUCACCUUCCCGACAGAGUAUGUCAAGACCCAACUACAGCUGGAUGAGAGAGCCAACCCACCCAGAUACAGAGGGAUCGGUGACUGUGUGAAGUUGACCGUGCAGGAUCACGGGCUGCGAGGGUUGUAUCGAGGUCUCAGCUCUCUGCUGUAUGGAUCUAUACCAAAAUCUGCAGUCAGGUUUGGCACAUUUGAGAUGCUCAGCAACCCCAUGCGGGACUCCAAUGGUCGCCUAGACAACACACAGAGCCUCCUGUGUGGUUUAGGGGCAGGGGUAGCAGAGGCCAUCCUCAUUGUCUGCCCCAUGGAAACACUCAAGGUGAAGCUGAUCCAUGAUCAGUGUUCUCUCAGGCCACGCUACAGAGGCUUCUUUCAUGGAGUCAGUGAGAUCAUCCGAGAACAGGGUGUGAGGGGCACCUAUCAGGGUCUGACAGCAACUGUGCUCAAACAAGGAAGCAAUCAGGCCAUUCGAUUCUAUGUGAUGAACGCGCUACGCAACUGGUACAAAGGUGAUGACCCUCGAUGUGAAGUGCACCCCAUUGUCACAGCUAUAUUUGGAGCAACAGCGGGAGCAGCCAGUGUUUUUGGGAACACGCCUCUGGAUGUGGUGAAGACCAGGAUGCAGGGUUUAGAAGCCCACCGGUACAAAAACACAGUUGACUGUGCUUUCCAGAUCUUGAAGAAUGAAGGUCCACAGGCGUUUUAUAAAGGGACAGUUCCAAGACUUGGCCGCGUGUGCUUGGAUGUGGCCGUAGUCUUCGUCAUCUAUGAAGAGGUAGUCAAACUGCUCAACGAUGUGUGGAAGACACAGUAGGCCAGCCCAACAGCGACAGGUCCAGAGGAAAGCACAAACGAGUGCCUCUUGCUCCUGAACUUGGUUGUAGCACGCCACAUGACCCAGAAUUGUAGGACCUUUGUGCAGCCUGACCUUUUAUUCUGGUGCACUGAUGAGGUCUGUAUGAACAAUGGAUUGGUCUGCCACACAAUUCAGUUUUGACUUAUUGUUCUUUUUUCAAUGGACAAAGUGAAAGGUUGAAUUUUUUUUAAUUUAUGAUGUAUUUGAUGCGUAGCUUGGAGACUAUGUGUUGACUGGCCAAAGCUGUAGACUCAGUAUGACUCUGGACUUUGUGAGCUAUGUUACCUUUUUUUUUAGAAGAAUAAACAUGAAUAUAUCAG